AUGGAUGAUUCAAUGAAUUCUGUUCAUAACAUAUCAGCUAUGGAUAUUUCACCAGCAUCUAGUCCAAUAAGUGCAAUAAAUCCAAUAUCAUCGAAUCAUUUACUUUUAAAUGCAUUUCAACAACAACAAGAAUUACUUUCAAAUAUUUUACUUAAUGAACCAAAUAUGAAUGAUUAUCGACCAAUAAAUAAAAAUCCAAUUUCAUAUGAACAUGAUCAUAAUAAUUCAAAAAGUUGUGGCCUAUUUUCAACAGUAUUAUCAGAUAAUAGUGAUGAAAUUAAAACACAAAAUAUUUCAGAUGAGUCAAAUCAACUUCGACAACGAAUUAUAACAGAAUCCAUUCCAUCAAUUGUUGAUUCAAUACCAACAAUAAAAAAAUCUCAAUCAAGUUCAUCUCAACGAUCAUCUAUGAAAAUUUUUCUUUUUAUUCCAAUUUUGAUAUUGAUUACCUAUUUAAUUGUUCAACAUUUGAAUACAUCCAUUGUUCUACCACGUUCAACAAAUUGGCAAAAUG